AUGUCCUCGAUCUGGGACUUCAAAGAUACUCUUUUCCGGGUAUUGGCAGCAACUUACGCUGCGCUGGGCGAGGAAUCUUUCAGAAGUCAAUUGACGAGUAUCGCCGCAUAUUACGGAGGAGGGGCAACUAUCCUUGAGAUCGAAACCCUCUUCACAAAGGAUGUUCCUGCAAAAGCAGAGCAGCUUAGACGCGAGCUGGCCAGUCGCCACGUCUGUGGCAGAAGCAGGCUUUUGAGAGGUUCGGCACGACCUCAUCGCCCACCUCUACUCGACUUCGACGACGAGGACAUUAGCAUCCUGAGCCCAAGGGAGGUCGAAGUCCUACAGGCUCGAUCUAAUAACUCGCUCCGAGCUCCUGCAAAACGUCCUCGUGUGGUUGAAGGACCACCUCCGACGUCGCCUGCUGGGGGCGUACCAGCGAGUGAGGCCAUGGCACCUCCUCGUAGGGAGUCCGGCAUCCCGCAAGUAAGGGCCUCUGGGGCUGCAACAAGUGAAGUCCAAAGUGGCCCUUCGAAUUCCGAAGCCCCUACUACGGGACAGAACCAACCAGAUGAUUUCGCUCGGGAGAGCGUUGCCCGGAGCCGAAAACGUCGCUUUUCGGAGGUGCGUGAUCCAAUUGAGGCCCAGACUGCAGGCAGUACUCACACAAGUCCCCCGCCGACCUCUGAGUCCUUCGGCUAUAUUACGAAGAACGGUGAGUAUCGGUGUGCCCUUUGUCAGAGGCAACUGCCCGAUGAGAAUGACCUUAAGUUACACGAACAAAUCAGCAAGGAGCACACUCGCAAUCUGAAAGACAAACGAAAGGUUACCAUCGGUCGUGAGAGGCUAGCCCAGCUCAUUGCAAUGUCUGCCGAAGGAAACAAUGCGAGUACCUCGGUGCUCAGUCAGCGACUGAGUCCCGACGAUCCACUCGCAUCAAGUCCCCAACCUGCAGCUGUCGAGCCCUUACACGUGGAAGAAAAUAGUGACAGCCAUGAGUGCCGAUCACCAGUGGGUCAGCGUCAGGACUGUCAAGUUUCCUCCAUGGAUGUCAAUCAGGAACGGCGACGGCAUCUCAGCACUGCGCCAAUCCAGCAAAGUAUCGAACACGCAACAUCCGCAUCAUCAGCGGCGCCUUCGCAGACUUCCAACAAGGGGAAGACCCGUGCUGCGUCUUUCUUACCCUUUUCAGAUGUUACUCCUUCUACAACAGCGACCCCUGCACCGGCAGCAGAAAUACACACGCGGCCCACCACCGCUCAGACCGAAAUCGGAACUCUCAACAGUCCUCACGUCUCCCGGUCCGUUGACUCUGCUAUUGCACAGCCGCCCGCGACAAGGCCGGACGAUGAGGCACCUGAAAUCUCGCUCAGGACCAUCAAGGACAUUGUGCGCUCGACCCAGCUGGCAAUCCAAGUGCUAAGCACAUUCCAAAACUGCGCGUCCGCCAGUGUCAAAUCGACCACCAUUCCUGCCGAGCCUGGGCCUGCACCCUUUGCCAACCCCAAGUCCGAACCUCUCCAUACAGGACUUGGUACCGGUGAAAUUGACAACUCUGCGGUCCCCACGACUUUGAUCUUAGAAACCUUGGAUGAUGCAGCAUCAUCCAGCGGUCUGAACUCUGGCAUCAGGAAUCGCGCACAGGGCACGAUAUCAGGGCCAGGGAUUGGAGUACGUUUUGGCAUCAAGCGUAGAGACACAAAAGAAAAUGGAAAGAAGAAGGAUGUCGGCGAGCCAAUUUCUGUCAUUGUUCUCGACUAG